AUGGAGACCAAUCACGCGGCUGGCGAUGACGAUGAGCAGAAAGAUGAGCCUGAGGUGCCCCUUGUGCGGAAGAGGAGAGCUUCAGAGGAUGCCCGGGAUCCAGAUUUGGACCGAGAUCAAUCAGGGGCAGCAAUCGGCGAGGAGAUGGCAGAGAGGGUAGGACUUGACAUCCGUUCGAUGUUCCCAAGAGGGAAGCCAAUCGAGGGUCCCCUCGUCAAGAGGCUUCAGCCUUCUUCUAAGAAAACGCCACCCCUGGCUGCAACUACCUCUCAAUCCCCGGCUAAGGGGAAAAGCUCGGGCCUAGGAGCUGCACCUGCUGCCGGACCUACCGCGACAUUUUCUCGCCCUCCUCCCCCUCCUCCUCCUGCUCGGGAACCGGUAGCACCGGAUCUGGAGCUGAUUCCAGACACUUUACAAGGGACCGUCUAUGAGACGACGAACUACUCGGUGGAGAAUUUCUACAAGGCCAAGCCCACCAAUCUGAGGGCAAUCAAGGAGAGGAGCCCUGAGAACGUGAUGGAAUCUUCUCUCGAAAUGAACCUCACAGCGGUCUUGACCCUCCACCGCAGCAUCUCUCGGGCUAGGUCUAGGAAUGAGGAGAUUAAGGCCGAGCUGGCCACAGCCCAAGAUGCUCUUGCCGCAUCAAAGCAGAAUGAGCAUACUGCCAGGGCUGCCUUGGCGGUGGCCCAAGCGAGUGAGCGGGAAGCAAAGUUUGCCCUCACUACUGCCCAAGCAGCCGAGCAGGAAGUGAAAGCUGCCCUCGCCGCAGUUCAGGCAGGUGAGCAGGAAGAAAAAAAUGAAAUCACCACUUCCCAGGCAGGUGAGCAAGAGGCGAGAGCUACUUCAGCAGCUCUCCAGGUCGAGCUUGAGGGGGCCAAGGCAAAGCUGUUGGAAGCCGAGGCGGCCGUCCGGGAGAAGAAGGAAGCGUCGGCAUUCUCCAUGGAGAACAUGCCUGCUAAACGUGCCUUCGACUUGUACACCAAGUCAGCGAGCAAGAAGAAAUCCCAUAGGCGCCAGUCUGGGGAGGGCUGCAGCAACCAGCCUGCGAAAAAUUCUCGAACAGACGACCCUCCCGCUUCUACUCCAACGAGGGAGAAAACUCCUCCACCAGCUCCUACCAGGGAGGCGACUCCUCCAACUCCAACAAACCCAGAUCUUCCGUCUCUGGUCGGACAGACUCCUCCUCCGGCUCCAGUCGACCCUACGCCUCCAACAUCCAUCGUCCAGCAGUCGGCUGGUCGUCGAAAAGAAGCCUCAGGAGACGACCUUACGACCACGGGGGUGCUUACCCUGACCUCUGGUUGGCGAUCUUCGAGGACGCAUAAUGCUCAGUUUGAGAAGAAACUCAACGAUCAACUCAGUGCUGCUGAGGCUCAAUACACCGAGCAACUCAAGGUGUCUGAGGCUACUUAUGCCGAGCAGCUGAAGGCGGUCGAUGCGAAACAUUCUGAGGCCCUCAAAGAGGUCGAGGUGAAGCAUAACGAGGCUCUUAAAAAAUUCAAGACGAAGCACCUCGAGGCAUUGCAAGUGACCGAGGCCAUAAUUGUUUCUCUCAAAGAGGAGCUCAAGAGGAAGGAUGCAAGUAUCGAUAAGAUCACUGCAUCCAAGGAGCAGUACAAGGAACUCUUACUCAGGAAUUUUCGGGAAGCCCACAAGCUUCAAGAUGAGCUUGCAAUAAGUCGCCAAGUGGUUGCUGCUUUAGAGGACAGAACGCCCGCAACCUUCAAGACUAUGAGGGGGCAUCGUUCGAGUGCUUCUACUUUUGGAACCGGUGAGAGAAGAAGCUGUGAGGAUAUGAUUUGGGUGAUCUGCCGAGCUCAAGAAGUAAGGUGUGUCUUCGACUUGGAGACGAGGCCUGUCGUGAAUGUGCUCGGGAGGAGGGGAAUCCCUUUGUUGAGGAAUUUCAGAGGCGAUUGGUGCUUGAUGCACACAAGGACGAGUGCUGGUGGUGGUUUCUCCAUGGACAUGAGGAAUUCAGGACAAUUUGCAACAGAGGAGUCAUCGCUAGUGCUGGUUUUGCCAUGGGUGGUGGAGUUUCGUGUGCUUGGUCUAGCCAUGGAGAUGGAGAAGCAAGACAGAGCAAAGAAGAAGGAAGGAGGAAGAAGGAGAAAGUGUUUAUCAUCUCUGUUUUGUAAUCUUAUACCAUCUUGA